AUGUCGCUUCGCUUCUUGGCUCGAUCCUUAUCAGCACCCCAUGCAGGCCCUGUUCGCAUCGGCAAUUUAUCCGGAACUCGUCGUGUCUUGCCUGCCAUGGCAACCCACUGGCACCAUCAAAUUCGAAGCGUCACCACAAACACUGCGGCUCAACCAAGCAAUACACAGGAAGCGACAACCAUUGUUUCGACUCGCAUCGAUGCUGAUAAUUUGCAUGUAAAGUGGCAACCUUUGGCGGCAAGUACGGUGAACGAGAGCGAUUACAGCUAUGUGUGGCUGCGCGACAAUUGCCAAUGUGGACAAUGCGUGCAUCCUAGCAACCGACAAAAACUCCAUUCCACUGCUGAUGUGCCGUUGGAGAUACAACCCGUGUCAGUGACAUUGAAGGAUUCUGUUGCUGAAGUUGUGUGGAACAUGCCUUUGCGACACCAACAACAAGGUGAACAGCACGUGAGCCAGUAUCCGAUCGAAUGGUUACAACGCUACGCUUCACGUGAAAACAGCGAGUUUUAUCGGUUCAACCAUAUCCAGCACCGUACCUGGGAAGCCCAAGACUACAAGCUCAAGUGGAUCAGCUAUGACGAUUACAUGAAUACCGACCAAGGUUUACAUCAAGUUGUUCAGCGUCUCUACAACUCGGGACUCGUUUUUCUCGACAAUGUGCCGCUCAACGACGAUAGUGUGACCAAGGUGGCAGAGCGCAUUGGGCCGGUGCAGGAAACUUUUUAUGGUCGUGAUUUUGAUGUCAAGAGCAUCGCCAAUUCACGCAACAUUGCUUAUACAAGCCUUUAUUUGGGAUUCCAUAUGGAUCUGAUGUAUUUGGAUUGUCCACCAGGCAUUCAACUUUUGCAUAGUUUGAAGAAUUCGGUCACGGGUGGCUCCAGCAUCUUUGUGGAUUCGUAUCAUGCUGCCAAGAUCCUCAAGGAACAGCAUCCUGAAGACUAUGAGAUUUUGACAAAGACUCCCGUGACCUUCCAUUACGUGAAUGAUGGUCAUCAUAUGUAUUAUCGUCGUCCUACUAUUGUUGUUGGCGAGGAUGAAAGCAGUGGUCCAGCAUGGAACAUGCAUGUCAAUUACGCUCCUCCUUUCCAAGGCCCAAUGGAUCAUCUUUCCGCCAAGGAUGCCAAACGUUUCUAUCAAGCAUUCCAACGCUUUGCUGAUGUUGUCGAGGAUCCAAAGCUACGCUACGAGUUGACUUUACAGCCUGGUCAAUUAGUCUUAUUUGCCAAUCGACGCGUCCUCCAUGGAAGAACCGAGUUUGAUCCAACCAGUGGUGAUCGCCAUCUCAAAGGAACCUAUCUUACAUUGGAUUCCCUCAAGGAUAAACUUCGUGUCUUGUGUGAAAAGUAUGGGUUCGAUUCAUCCGUCUAG